ACAACUGACAAGAUAAAGAAUUCAGAAAGUGAUUUCAUCGGGCGGCGCACCCAAAUUGUAAAAUUUUUAUUACAGUAUUUAUAAAAUAUCAAACGUAUUUACAUAUUAAUAAAUCAUGGGGGAUCAUUUACCAGCAUGUGUUAUCGAUGUGGGAACCGGUUACACUAAGUUAGGGUUCGCUGGAAACAAGGAACCACAGUUUAUCAUUCCGUCAGCCAUAGCGAUAAAAGAAACUGCUAAAGUGGGUGACCAAAGCACUAGGCGUAUGACUAAAGCCGUAGAAGAUUUAGAUUUCUUUAUCGGAGACGAGGCAUUUGAAGCCACAGGAUAUUCCGUUAAAUAUCCGGUCCGUCAUGGUUUGGUUGAAGAUUGGGAUUUGAUGGAAAGGUAUAUUGAACAAUGCAUAUUUAAAUAUCUACGAGCUGAACCAGAGGAUCACCACUUUUUGAUAACAGAACCACCAUUGAAUACUCCUGAGAAUAGGGAAUAUUUAGCUGAGAUUAUGUUUGAAUCGUUUAAUGUUCCUGGUUUAUAUAUUGCUGUUCAGGCUGUUCUUGCACUUGCCGCUUCCUGGAAAUCUCGCACAUCUGCAGGGCGCACUUUUACAGGCAUUGUAGUAGACAGUGGUGACGGUGUGACUCAUAUAGUUCCUGUAGCUGAAGGUUAUGUCAUUGGGUCAUGUAUAAAACACAUACCUAUUGCAGGAAGAAACAUAACAUCAUUUAUUCAGUCACUGUUACGUGAAAGAGAAGUUGGUAUACCACCUGAGCAAAGCUUGGAAACUGCUAAAGCUAUUAAAGAAAGAUACAGUUAUAUCUGUCCUGAUAUAGCUAAGGAAUUUGCAAAAUAUGAUUCUGAUCCAGCAAAAUGGAUGAAAAAAUAUACAGGAAUAAAUGCAAUUACAAAAAAUCCAUUUGAUGUUGAUGUAGGGUAUGAGCGUUUCUUGGGACCAGAAAUUUUCUUCCAUCCUGAGUUCUCCAAUGCUGAUUUUACUGUACCCCUCAAUGAGAUGGUUGAUGAAGUAAUACAAAGUUGUCCAAUUGAUGUGAGGAGAGGGUUAUAUGGAAACAUUGUGUUAUCUGGUGGAUCUACAAUGUUCAGAGAUUUUGGGCGCAGAUUACAAAGAGAUAUUAAAAGGACUGUUGAUGCUAGAUUGAAAAUGUCAACAAUGCUAUCUGAAGGACGCAUAACGCCCAAACCUAUUGAUGUUCAAGUAAUUUCCCAUAAUAUGCAGAGAUAUGCUGUAUGGUUUGGGGGUAGUAUGCUUGGGUCUACUCCAGAAUUUUACCAAGUUUGUCACAGCAAACAAGCCUAUAUGGAAUAUGGCCCAAGCAUUUGCCGCCACAACCCUGUCUUUGGUACCAUGACAUAAUGUUCAUUUCAGUAUUUCAAUUAUUUUAAGCAAUAUUGUAUUAUUUGAAAAAGACUAAAUUUUUUUGACUGUAUAGUGUAAGUAUAAUUGUAUGUUUUAAUCACUGCAUUUUGCUGGACUAUUAUUAGGCAUUUAAUGUAUUUCAUUCCAGCCACAGCCAAAUUAUAAGAUUUUAUAAU